CAAAUUUUAGUUAUGUGAGUUUUCUAAACUAUAGAUGAUGAAAUUUUUAUGGAUGUAUAUAUAGGUAAACGUAUGAAUUCUGGGAGAAGGCGAUGAACUCAACUCAUAGCUUAGAUUCGAAGAACUGAGAAAGGUGAAUGAAGAAAAUGGUUUGGCCAAAGGAGAAAAAGUGAGGAACAUGUUCUGCGUUGAUUUCGGCCACGCGCUUACCGUCGCGUUAAACAACCAAAAUACUCCACUUUCACGAAUUUUACGCAGAGUUUAUGUAUUUUAAUUUGAUUUAAUUUUGCUUCCCACUCUUUUGAACGUGUCUGUGACCACGCAUCCAAUUCACUCCCACUGUGUGUAUUCUACGCAUUCGCGCACCGAUAACCGCUUGCGGAAGUAGCUCUGGAUAUGGAUCAGAAGCCGAUGCAUCCGGAGAUGGUAGCGCCGCCGGUGCCUAAGCCGGAUGAGGCAGGUUCUUCGACGAGCUCCGAAGAAGUUUCGGUGAAGUUCGAUGAAGAUGCCGGUGCUACCGCCGCUGCCGCGCUAUCCAAUGGAGGCGGCAGCGGUUCCUCUGAAAUUUUGAAAUCCGAGAAACUAGAAGUGCUGCAGGGGUUGGAAAGAUCGGAAUCAGAGAGGGAGAGAUGUGUUAACGCUCGUGCUGAAGAGGCUGCUCAGAUUUUUGAUGAAAGAAUUCCGGUGCAGGAGAAGCUCAAAUUGUUGAACAGAAUUGCUACAGUUAAAGAUGAUGGAACUGUAGAAUUUGAAGUUCCAGUUGAUGUUGAACCUCGUAGCCUUGGAGCUGGUUCAAAUAGCAUAUAUACUGAAGUUGAUGAAGAGGUUCUUGAUACAACAGACAUUCAGUAUAUUCCACCAUUGCAGAUUGUAAUGCUUAUUGUUGGCACUCGUGGAGAUGUGCAGCCAUUUGUUGCAAUUGGAAAGCGACUUCAGGAUUAUGGCCAUCGUGUUAGAUUGGCCACUCAUUCAAAUUUUAAAGAGUUUGUCUUGACAUCUGGAUUGGAAUUCCAUCCUCUUGGUGGGGAUCCAAAAGUUCUUGCCGAAUACAUGGUAAAAAACAAAGGGUUCUUGCCUUCAGGGCCCUCAGAAAUACCAAUCCAAAGAAAUCAAAUGAAAGAGAUAAUAUAUUCACUGCUUCCAGCAUGCAAAGAUCCUGAUAUGGACACUGGGAUUCCUUUUAAAGCAGAUGCAAUUAUUGCCAAUCCUCCUGCAUACGGGCAUACCCAUGUCGCUGAAGCAUUGAAAGUACCAAUUCAUAUAUUUUUCACAAUGCCUUGGACGCCUACAAGUGAAUUCCCUCAUCCAUUGUCUCGUGUUAAGCAAUCAGCUGGAUACAGAUUAUCGUAUCAGAUUGUGGACUCCUUGAUAUGGCUAGGGAUUCGAGACAUGAUAAACGAUCUUAGGAAAAAAAAGUUGAAGCUGCGGCCAGUCACAUAUUUGAGUGGUUCACAAGGUUCUGAGUCAAAUAUUCCACAUGGAUAUAUCUGGAGCCCUCAUCUUGUUCCUAAACCAAAAGAUUGGGGACCAAAGGUUGAUGUCGUUGGAUUUUGCUUCCUCGAUCUUGCAACAAAUUAUGAACCACCCGAGUCGCUUGUAAAUUGGCUCAAAGCUGGUCCAAAGCCUAUCUAUAUUGGGUUUGGCAGUCUGCCUGUCGUAGAGCCAGAGAAAAUGACAAAGAUAAUCAUUGAUGCUUUAGAAAUAACUAAACAAAGAGGAAUCAUCAACAAAGGAUGGGGUGGCCUUGGUAACUUGGCUGAAGAAAAAGACUUUGCCUAUCUUCUGGACAAUUGUCCUCAUGACUGGCUCUUCUUGCAGUGUGCCGCUGUGGUGCACCAUGGAGGUGCAGGAACAACAGCUGCUGGUCUUAAAGCUGCGUGCCCAACAACCAUUAUUCCAUUCUUUGGUGACCAACCAUUUUGGGGAGAAAGAGUCCAUGCCAGAGGCGUAGGCCCUCCACCAAUUCCAGUUGAUGAGUUUUCACUCGAAAAGUUGGUUGAAGCAAUUAAAUUUAUGCUAGACCCCCAGGUAAAGGAGCGCGCGGUUGAGCUUGCAAAAGCCAUGGAAAAUGAAGACGGUGUUACAGGAGCUGUGAAAGCGUUCUUCAAACACCUUCCGCGUAAGAAACUUGAGCCCAACCCUGAGCCUACGCCAUCAAAUAUCUUCUCCUUAAGGAGAUGCUUCGGUUGUUCUUAGAGGUGUAGGUAAUCUUUGCUUGUCCACAAUAUCUAUUCUUUAUUUGUAUUGUAUCAUAGUAAUAGUUAUAUGACUUCAACUUGAGUGGUUGUCUUUGUUGACACUACUUUCUUUCUCAUUUGCUUCUACGCAAAAUUCCAAGAAAUAUCUACUCAUCAUCUAA